GGUCAGAUCUUAAAAGGCCGGGCAGUGCGUGUGGCAUCCCGACAGAACAGGAGAGGAGCAAGUGGCAGUGCUGGGUGUUGGGAGCGUGGCUGUCACUGUGCUGGAGCAUCCCCGAGCUUCGGAACGGAGCCGACUAGGCAGCAGUGCGGCAGCCGCAACUCCACGCCGAUCUCAUCAUCUGUCUCGCGUCUCAGCUCGAGCGAUCCUCCGAGACUCCGCACAAAGCACAUUUUCCAAAGCAGCGCAAGGGAGCGCCCAGCCGCGUGCAGGCGGACGCACCCUUCCUGUCCUUUGUUCCGGGGGGGAUCUGCAGCUGCUCUUCUCCCCAAGUCGGAGUCUUUCCUCCGGGGGUGGCGGGUCGCCGAACACAGCUACGAAGAUGCCUUUGGAAUUGACCCAGAGCCGGGUCCAGAAGAUCUGGGUGCCCGUCGAUCACCGACCCUCGUUGCCCAGAUCCUGUGGGCCGAAGCUGACCAACUCCCCAACGGUGAUUGUGAUGGUGGGGCUCCCAGCCCGGGGUAAGACUUACAUCUCCAAGAAGCUGACUCGCUACCUCAACUGGAUAGGUGUUCCAACGAAAGUGUUCAACGUGGGAGAAUAUCGGCGUGAGGCUGUGAAGCAGUACAGCUCCUACAACUUCUUCCGCCCUGACAAUGAGGAAGCCAUGAGAGUCCGAAAACAAUGUGCCUUAGCUGCCCUGAGAGAUGUCAAAAGUUACCUGACAAAGGAAGGAGGACAGAUCGCAGUUUUUGAUGCCACCAAUACAACUAGAGAAAGGAGGCGCAUGAUCCUUCAUUUUGCCAAAGAAAAUGACUUCAAGACGUUCUUCAUCGAGUCUGUCUGUGACGACCCCACUGUUGUGGCCUCCAACAUCAUGGAAGUUAAAAUCUCCAGCCCAGAUUACAAAGACUGCAACUCGGCAGAAGCCAUGGACGACUUCAUGAAGAGAAUCAAUUGCUAUGAAGCCAGCUACCAGCCUCUUGACCCUGAUAAAUGUGACAGGGACUUGUCACUCAUCAAAGUGAUUGACGUUGGCCGGAGGUUCUUGGUGAACAGAGUGCAGGACCACAUCCAGAGCCGAAUUGUGUACUACCUGAUGAAUAUCCACGUACAACCCCGCACCAUCUACCUGUGUCGGCACGGCGAGAAUGAGUACAACUUGCAGGGCAAGAUUGGGGGUGACUCAGGCCUUUCCAGCAGAGGCAAGAAGUUCGCCAAUGCCCUGAGCAAGUUCGUGGAAGAGCAGAAUCUGAAGGACCUCCGCGUGUGGACCAGCCAGCUGAAAAGUACCAUCCAGACGGCGGAGGCCCUGAGGCUCCCCUACGAGCAGUGGAAGGCACUCAAUGAGAUAGAUGCUGGUGUGUGUGAGGAACUAACCUAUGAGGAGAUCAGAGACACCUACCCUGAGGAGUACGCAUUGCGUGAACAGGACAAGUACUACUACCGCUAUCCCACAGGCGAGUCCUACCAGGAUCUUGUCCAGCGCCUGGAGCCCGUGAUCAUGGAAUUAGAGCGCCAAGAGAAUGUACUGGUCAUCUGUCACCAGGCCGUCCUGCGCUGCCUGCUAGCUUACUUCCUCGACAAGAGUGCAGAGGAGAUGCCAUACCUGAAAUGUCCCCUGCACACUGUCCUGAAACUGACACCCGUGGCGUAUGGGUGCCGUGUGGAGUCCAUUUACUUGAACGUAGAGUCAGUGAGCACACACCGGGAAAGGUCAGAGGCUGUCAAAAUACAACACUUUGCCAGUGUAGUCAGACCUUCCUCUUACACCGAACUUGACUUUCUGUCUGUGGAGUCCGCAAAACAGGAUGCAAAGAAGGGACCUAACCCGCUCAUGAGACGCAAUAGUGUCACCCCACUAGCCAGCCCCGAGCCCACCAAAAAGCCUCGCAUCAACAGCUUUGAGGAGCAUGUGGCCUCCACUUCUGCUGCUCUGCCAAGCUGCCUGCCCCCGGAAGUGCCCACGCAGCUGCCCGGACAAAACAUGAAGAGCCCCCGGAGCGGUGCCAACUCUUUCCAGAAGCACUAAAGCAGAGCCAUGGGUUCCAUUCCGUUUCCACAGCCUGCCUUGCGCCUGCUCAUCUUCCUGAAGCCAAGUGAUCCCAGGACUUCUGGUCUGGGGGAGAAUGGAAGUCUUCAGGUUAAAGAAUAGCAGCCCUUCCCCCCGCUGAGAUGUUGGGGUGGCAAAGACAAGACAACUAGGGAGUUGUACAGAUCCCAGCUUCCUGUGGCAAAGCAGCAGACCUCCCUACGCUCUGUCCUCUUGUGACUUCCAGGGCUGUCUGACCUCACAGACCCUUCCAACGCUUGGGGAAGGCUAUAGUACUAGAGGAGGUGAGAUCAGACCCCUAAGUGGGGGACCUGGACACCACCGUGCUGUUUUGUUUUGUGUCUUUGGAUCCUGGCCUGGCAUGUUGCUAGCCGGAAGACGAGAGUGGCAGAGAACCCUGAGAUUCGGAGUUAGGCCCCACUUGUCUGAGGCUCGGGGACGACCACGCAUUCUCACGUGGCUUUUAUGCAUCUUGGCCUAGGAAGAGGCCUCAGAGACAAGGGACUUGGGCGCAUGCUGCAUUGGAUAUGGGGGAGUCUCCUUCUGAGGAGGCCUUGAGCUGAGGCCUACUGGUCAGCUGAGCAGUGACAGCUCUUCCAGGGUAUCAGUGAUACUCUGGCUCUUCCACACGCCUUCUAGGUCCCAAGUUAAGGAACAGACUGGUUGUGUCAGUGGAGGGAAGGAUUUUGCUGAAAAAAAAAUAACUAGGGCCCCUUCUUCCCAGAGGCCCUUAGGCCUUCUGCUCUUCAUCCUGGGCCUGGAGGCACCCGAGUAGAUUCUGUGACUGGCUGUUUGUUUGCACUUUUUCAUCUUUCUUUCCUUCCUUCCUUCCUUCCUUCCUUCCUUCCUUCCUUCCUUCCUUCCUCCCUCCCUCCCUCCCUUCUUUCCCUCCCUCCCUCCCUCUCUCCCUCUCUCUUUCCUUCCCUCCCUCCCCACACCUCACUUCAAGAACCUAGGCUGCUGGCCUUGGAGGCUUGCAGGCUGGACGGGAGGAGUUGGGGUGUCUUCAAGAUGGGGAGUCUUAGAGCCUUCAGCUUCACUCACAUUGUUCAAGAAGGGACAGUGGCCCGAGGGAAGCUUAUUUCAGGCCGCCCGCUCACAGAGCUGUCCCCAUAUUUUGGCCAAGUGUCUGUUGCUGUAUGCCUCACACCACCAUGCUGGGCAUCACAAGGAGUUCCCAGGAGUCAAAAGCGUCCUUGUCAGCUUUAUAGUGUUGGCGACAUUUUUGCAUGGGUUGAAAGUAGCGCUAAUGUCUUUGUCUUUGCCUGUCUUGUUUCCCCUUUGUCCACCCAAGUUGUGGGGGAGGACAGGGUAUCCCAAGCCUGGAAGAAACCAAUCAGAAACUCAGCAGCGCUGGCCCGAAUGACCCUUCAUGAGGGGUGCUGCAGAGCCUUGGCCGAAGGCCGCACUUUACUUCCGGCUUCCUUCCUGUGAGUCCAAGGGACCCUACCUUUCCCAGCACAGGGGACAGCAGGUCCUGGGGUGACACAGGGCAUGCUUCAGACACUUUCAAGUCACUUUGUGUUUUCAUAGUUAACCACUCAAGCAUUCGGCCCAGUCCACUACCCUUUAAAUCUGUGGUUUCUCUCCAUUUAAAGACUUGGACUGUUUUCUCUCUGUGACUUGAGUCUUGACAAGGAUAUAUGCGCUGCAGACUUGGGUUGAGUGUGUGCAGGCUGAUAAUACCUUGGACUUGGGGGCCUGCUGCAUUGCUUGUCAGGGUGGGUGGGGGUGGGGUGGGGAGCAGGAUUGGAACUGUGUAGCCCAAACUAGCUUCAAACUCACAGCCAUCCUCCUGUCUCAGCCUCCCAAAUGUUAUCUGUUCGGGUUAUAAGCACGAGCCACCACUGUGCCUGGUACUGUGGCUUUGUACCCGGAGGUGGUUUCUUAGAUGCCUCCUUCUGACCACAUCCAUUUUAUAGUUACAGAACCAGCUCUUACAAUAUAGAGACUCUAAAGGCUGAGACAGGUAGGGGCGAUUACGUGUGGCCAUCUUAAGUCAGUGCAUGAGGAGGAAGCUUUGUCCAGUGUGAUGUCACAUUCUAUGAACACCUAGGAAUAAGAUCAGGCCCAGGAGCUAUUGGAGCAGGUGGAACAUGGCUUCUUCCUUCAAAAACCAGUGGCUUGCUGGACGGGGUGGAUAGCAUCUUCCACUCUCUCACCUGAAAUGACAAAAUAAAACUGGGACCAAUGUUUUUAACUUUGCAUAUUUGUUUGGGGGGUAAAUUUCUCCCCUUUCCUUCAACAACGGGCAAUACCCUUGAUUUCUGGGGAAAAGAAAAACUGUUGGAACCACGCCAAUGAUAUUUUCAUUUGUAAUACUUGAAAUUUAUUUUUUUAUUAUUUUGAUAGCAGAUGUGCUAUUUAUUUAUUUAAUAUGUAUAAGGGAGCCUAAAACUAGAAAGCUGUAUAGAUUGGGUUUAAUUGUUCAUUGGUUUGGGGCCUUUCAAUGUGUGAAUGAUGACUUCUUCAUGUUCUGUGUAAUUGUCUCUGUCAAUGACCUGGGAAGAAGCUAUGCAAGCUUUUAAACAGGAUACGCCUUUCAGAAAUUUGUAUAUUUUGCAGUUGUAAGAACAAUAAAAACCUGGUUGAGAUAUA